AUGAGACUUUCAAUUUCUUCUUGCACCUUCAUCCUAUUCACCCUACUUUUCUCUUUGAUUAUUCAAGAGAAUCAUGCUAGAAAGAUAAACAAUAUCAUGGAAGUUGAAAAUUCUGAUGAAGAAGUUCAUCAUCACAAUCAAAUAGAGCCUGAAUUGAAUGUAUUUUUCGUUCCAAACGAUCUAAAAAUCGGAAAAAUAAUGCCUAUAUAUUUUUCAAAAAAAGACUUAUCAACAACUCCAAAAUUCCUCCCGAAAGAAGAAUCAGAAAAACUCCCUUUCACACCAAAAGAACUCCCUCUCCUUCUGGAUUUCUUCACCAUCCCAAAAGAUUCACCUCAAGCCAAAGCCAUGAAGUACACACUUGACCAAUGCAACUUUGAACCUAUGGAAGGGGAAACAAAAUUCUGCGCAACAUCGUUAGAAUCUUUAUUCGAUUUCGCAAACUCCAUGUUUGGUUCAAACUCAAACUUCAAAUUCUUGACCACAAAACAUGUCACAGAAUCCACCAUCCCUUUACAAAACUACACAAUUGCGAAAGUGAACAAAAUCUCAGUUCCUAAUGCUUUUGGAUGUCACCCUAUGCCAUACCCUUUCGCAGUAUUCUACUGUCAUACUCAAAAGGGUGAUGCCAAUUUGUAUGAACUCGUUCUUGAGGGUGAAAAUGGUGAAGUUAUUGAAGCUGCAGGUAUUUGUCAUAUGGAUACUUCUAAAUGGGACGCCGAUCACGUCGCCUUUCGUGUUCUCGAUACUCGACCGGGAAAGUCUCCGGUGUGUCAUUUUUUUCCGCCUGAUAAUCUUGUUUUGGUUCCUACAUCUUAA